ACGGAUCAGAAUAAGAAGUAGAGGCGUUCUGUACUUCUCCAGAUCAGGUUGAGGUAACUCCACAUACUCCUAAUGACAGUCAGUUAACGUUAGAUAGAUAACUAUAGCUACAGUAUUUAGCUAUACCUGUGCUAGCUUAACGUUAUAUCCCGUAUCGUUUGCAUUGUCCGCCUGGUUUGUUCACGCGACGUGAGUUGCUCAGUGUUGUAACUUAGCAACUACCGAGGACAUGGGACGGAAAGUGACCCUCGCUACUUGCUCAUUGAAUCAGUGGGCUUUGGACUUUGAAGGCAACCUGGAGAGAAUACUGAAGAGUAUUGAGAUUGCUAAAGCUCACGGAGCCAAAUACAGACUGGGUCCGGAGCUAGAGAUAUGCGGUUAUGGCUGUGCAGACCACUUCUAUGAGUCGGACACGUUGCUCCACAGCUUCCAGGUCCUGAGGAAGCUUCUAGAAUCGGCUGUCACCCAGGACAUCAUCUGUGACGUGGGGAUGCCCAUCAUGCAUCAUAAUGUGCGCUACAACUGUCGGGUCCUGUUCCUCAACAGAAAGAUUCUGCUGAUCAGACCUAAAAUGGUGAUGGCCAACCACGGGAACUACCGAGAGCUGCGCUGGUUCUCACCGUGGAAUCAGUUAAGGAAUGUGGAGGAGUAUUUCCUGCCCAGAAUGAUCCAGGAGGUAACAGGGCAGGUUACUGUCCCAUUCGGUGACUGCGUGCUGUCCACUAAGGACACCUGCAUUGGCACUGAGAUUUGCGAGGAGCUCUGGAACCCCAGAAGCCCCCAUAUUCAGAUGGGUCUGGAAGGAGUUGAAAUCUUUACUAAUUCGUCCGCCAGCCACCACGAGCUCCGCAAAGCGGACCAAAGAGUCAACCUGAUCAAGUCAGCCACCACCAAGAGUGGAGGCAUCUACCUGUAUGCCAACCAGAGGGGCUGUGACGGGGACCGCGUGUACUACGAUGGGUGUGCCAUGGUGGUCAUCAACGGAGACAUUGUGGCACAGGGAGCACAGUUCUCUCUGAAUGAUGUGGAGGUGAUUACAGCCACUCUUGACCUGGAGGAUGUGCGGAGCUACAGAGGAGAAGUGUGCCAGCCAAACAUGGAGCGUGAACCCAAACCUUGCCACAGGGUCAAAGUUGACUUCUCUUUCUCCAGUGGGGAUGAUAUCUUCCUCCCUACCCACCAGCCAAUAACAUGGCACUUUCAUACCCCAGAGGAAGAGAUCAGUCUAGGGCCGGCCUGCUGGCUGUGGGACUACCUGAGGAGAAGUGGACAGGCUGGUUUCCUGUUGCCUCUGAGUGGAGGUGUGGACAGCUCGUCCACCGCCUGUAUUGUCCACUCCAUGUGUACGCUGCUCUGCCAGGCCGUGAAGGACGGCAACGGCCAGGUGCUGGAGGAUGUCCGCAGGGUGGUAGGGGAUGACUCCUACCAUCCCCAGCACCCAGGGGAGCUGUGUGCUCGCAUCUUCACCACCUGCUACAUGGCCAGCGAGAACUCCUCAGAGGACACAUGCAGCAGGGCCAGAGAGCUGGCCAAUCAGAUCGGCAGCACACACAUGAAUAUUAACAUAGAUAUGGCAGUGAAAGGCAUUCUGGGUAUCUUCUCAGUGGUUACUGGAAGGUGGCCUCAGUUUCGCGCCAAUGGAGGAAGCCACAGAGAAAACCUGGCUCUGCAGAAUGUGCAGGCUCGGGUCAGGAUGGUCCUGGCCUACCUGUUUGCCCAGCUGAGUCUGUGGGCGCGGGGGAAGCCCGGUGGAUUGCUGGUGCUUGGCUCAGCCAACGUAGAUGAGAGCCUGACAGGGUAUUUCACAAAGUAUGACUGCUCCAGCGCUGACAUCAACCCAAUAGGAGGCAUCAGCAAGGAGGACCUGAAGAGCUUCCUGCUCUACUGUGUGGAGCAGUUCCAGCUCCCCGCUCUGAGAAGCAUCCUGUCCGCCCCGCCCACAGCUGAACUGGAGCCACUGACAGACGGACAGGUGUCGCAAACAGACGAGGCAGACAUGGGGAUGACCUACACUGAGUUAUCUGUGAUUGGACGACUGAGGAAGAUCUCCAAGUGCGGCCCCUUCAGUAUGUUCUGUAAACUCAUUCACAUGUGGAAGGAUGCGCUCUCACCCACAGAGGUUGCCCAGAAGGUCAAGCACUUCUUCCGCAUGUACUCCAUGAACCGCCACAAGAUGACCACGGUGACGCCGUCCUACCACGCCGAGAGCUACAGCCCCGAUGACAACCGCUUUGACCUCCGACCUUUCCUCUAUAACACUCGCUGGACCUGGCAGUUCAGGUGCAUCGACCAGGUGUCCCAGGAGACGGCAAACACCCCACGGCAAUAAGAACCUGAGGUCUUCAGUGUCCAGUGACUAUCCAUCCCAACUGUGAGAUCAAAAAGAUCAUAUAUUAUUUGGUGAUUUUGUGUAGCUUUCAGUCUAGCCAAAUACUUUGUACUGUGUUUGCAAGCGCAGGGCCAAGCAGGGGACAGAAUCACUUUUCUGGGACUAUAUAGAACCUUUGUUCUACCCAGUGGUGGAAUGUAACUAAGUACAUUUACUUAUGUACUG